UCGAUAUAUGCUGAAGAACGAGGGGGCCCCUGAGCAAGCAUUCAAUCUAACCCUGAUUGGAAUGCGCUGGCCUCUGCAUUUGCUUCUGCAAGUUCCGAAGACAGAAAAAUCACGUCCAACACCGUCUCAAUGGAUUCGCCAGAGAGCAAAGCGCAUAAGCUUUCAUCAGAAGACAAAAAAUUGAUAACAGCAAUGUACAAAAGAUUGGAUGAAGAAAGAAUGUGGCGUCUGAGUAUGGGGACAAUUGUCGAAAAGCAAAUGGAGAAAGUUGCAGCGAUGUGCAAUCAUGAACACUUAUCUCACUCGCUCAUUUUGGAUCCGCAAGACAAUGUUUGGGCCCUUGUCUUCACUGAGAAGGAGAUCCAAGAAAUAAAAAGUCAUCAAGCACCGAAGCUGAAGACCAUGCCUGAUGAAAUGAACGAAUACAUUGCCAAAUAUAAAGGUUUAGUCGAACUAGAGGCAAUUGAAGAAGUUAAUGCCCAACACAGGUUCAGUCGAUUGAAAGAACCAUACUUGCAUUGGAUGAGCACGUCCAUUGCCAAAGUACUCGACUUGCUUUAUUAUAAUUAUCUUGGUAAAGAGCGUAGUGAAUCCGAUCUACUGAAACAUGUGUGGACCAUCAUCGACUGCUGCUUCUACCAUGAUACCAUCGAUGUCUUCUCCGGGGAGCAGAAAAGCAAGAGCACGAACAACCGAGUCAACAAUGACCGUUCAGUAGCAGCACAAGAGCCAUGCCAACGCAGAAAAGUUGGUUCAAAAACUGACUUAUUGUUUGCCACUGACGUCGUUGAGCUUGGAACUGCGGAAGCCGGAAAAGACACUGAUAUCAAUAGCACAAAGAUGAUAUCAGAAUCCGGGUUUAAAACACCCAAAGUCCUAAAGGACAUGUUGUAUCAUAUGGUGAAGGAAACACCAGCAAAACUCUGAGCGGUGCGAACAUGUAGGUUCACUCUUGCCGGUAAGUUUUUUAGCUAGCUAGUAUUCAACUGAUCAAAGUAUUGUA